AUGACCAUCACUCCCUCCGACACUACCGACCCUCUCCCCCUUCCACCCCCCUUCUCCACCAUCCCCCGAACCCCCCUCCUCCUAGGCCCCUCCCCCAUCCACACCCUCCCCCGCAUAACCGCCGAUCUCGCCACCAACAACCCCCACCCCCAUGUAACCAUCUACGCCAAACGCGACGACCUCAAUUCCGCCUACGCCUACGGGGGCAACAAAACCCGGAAACUAGAGUACCUGCUGGCGGACGCGCUGGCCCAAAACUGUGACACCCUCGUUUCCAUCGGCGGCGUGCAAAGCAACCACACCCGGCAAGUCGCGGCCGUCGCGGCGCGAAGUGGUCUCAAGGCGAAACUUGUCCAGGAACAUUGGGUUGACUGGACAGAUAAGGGGUAUGAUGUUGUGGGCAAUAUUCAAUUGUCGAGACUUAUGGGUGCGGAUGUUAGACUUGAUCCGUCGGGAUUUGGGAUUGAGCAUAAGGGGACUGUGAAGGCUGUUGUUGAACAGGUUGAGGCUGAGGGCGGGAAGCCUUAUUAUAUUCCGGCGGGGGCGUCAGAUCAUCCGCUUGGUGGAUUGGGGUUUGCGAGGUGGGCGUUUGAAGUUCGACAGCAAGAACAAGAAAUGGGGGUUUUCUUUAAUACGGUUCUUGUUUGUGCCGUGACCGGGUCGACUUUUGCGGGAAUGAUUGCUGGAUUCAAGUUACUCGAAAAGUUAUACCCGGAAGAUCCCAAGCGCAAGAUUAUCGGGAUUGAUGCCUCGGCGACGGUUGAGGCAACUCGUGCGCAGGUUCUGCGUAUUGCGCGCAAUACUGCGAGCAAGAUUGGAUUGAAGGAGGAGGAUAUUUCGGAUGAAGAUGUGGUUCUGGAUGAUCGGUAUCAUGGGGGCAUUUAUGGGGUUCCGGAUCGGAAGACUUGGGAGGCGAUUGAGUAUGCGGCGAAGAUGGAGGCGUUUAUUACGGAUCCUGUGUAUGAGGGGAAGAGUUUUGCGGGGAUGAUGGAUUUGAUUCGGAACGGGGAGAUUGAGGGGGGGGAAUGUUUUUUGGCUUUGAAUGCGUAUUCGGAGUUGGGAUAUACCAAGGAGGAGUAG